CCCUCUGUCGCCACACCCCCGUCCCCACGCCCGCGGCGCAAAACCCCGCUAAAUUUUUCGCUCCGCCCGCCCCCAAGUCUCGCCACCGCCGCCAUCCUCCAAAUCGUCGGAGAAGAUAAUCCCCAGGACCCCCUUAGGGAUGUACGCCGACAUCCAGAAGGGUCGGCCGGGCUGCCGCCCCGUCGACGCCGCCCCCAUGGCGAAGCUCAUGAAGGUCUGGGCGAGGUACUUCCCCGAGGAAACCGAGCUCCAGGUCCCGGCGGACGACCCCAGGGCCAGGCUCGUCGGCGACCUGGUUAAGGUCCUGGAGCUGGAGGAGAGGGCCAAGCUCCUCCCACGUGUUGAAGAUGAUGGUGUUGUCUUCUUCCUUCCGAUUGAUUUCCAGCAGCUUAAGAACUUGUGCGGUGGUACCAACCUCUUAGAUGCUCUCAGGGAAAAUCCUAAAGAAGCCUUGCUUUGCAUGGGAGUUGCAGUUCAUCUGGUUAAGUGCUCGGGCAAUGGCCUCCAGUUGAGCGACGUAGACAAGGUCAAUAUCAGGCUUUACAACCACACCGAGACAAUAAUUGCUUUGAAGAAUUUGAAAGCGGCCUAUAUUAAGAAACUAGUGACAGUGCGUGGUACUGUUGUAAAAGUCAGUACUGUGAAACCUCUAGUUCUGGCGCUGGAGUUCAAAUGCAUGAAGUGUGCUACAGUCAUCCGUCGUGUGUUCUCUGACGGGAAAUUUUCACCUCCAGUAUCCUGCAUAAUUCAGGGCUGCAAGGGCAGAACCUUCACCCCAUUGAGAUCUACUGCCAAGUUGAUAGAUUUUCAGAAAAUAAGGAUACAGGAGCUUUCUAGUGCUGAAAACCGUGAAGAAGGCCGAGUGCCACGAACUAUAGAAUGUGAGCUUAUAGAAGAUCUUGUAGAUUGUUGCAUCCCUGGAGAGGUUGUAACGGUAGCUGGAAUCGUCAAAGUGCUGAACAACCAUAUGGAUGUUGGAGGAGGUAAGUCCAAAAGCAGAAAUCAGGGUUUAUACUACUUGUACUUGGAAGCAAUCUCAGUAAGGAACUCCAAGGCCCAUGUUGUUUCAGAAAAUUCAGAUGCAAGUUCUACUGAUAUUCUGGCUACUGGAUCCUUCAGUUUCGAAACUUUUACUGAUAAGGAUCUUAAAUUCAUCACCGAAUAUAAUAGCGAGCAUGGUGCUGAUGUAUUUCGUCAAAUACUUCACUCCUUUUGCCCCUCCAUCUAUGGGCAUGAACUUGUAAAGGCUGGUAUCACUCUUGCGCUUUUUGGUGCUGUGCAGAAGCAUUCAAUGGAUCAGAACAAAGUCCCAAUUAGAGGAGACAUCCAUGUUAUUAUUGUUGGCGAUCCAGGACUAGGCAAGAGCCAAUUACUAAAAGCUGCAGCAUCUGUUUCCCCACGGGGAAUAUAUGUAUGCGGGAAUACAACCACAAAUGCUGGUCUAACAGUUGCUGUGGUUAAAGAUUCAAUGACAAAUGAUUAUGCAUUUGAGGCUGGGGCCAUGGUUCUUGCUGACCGUGGGCUAUGUUGCAUUGAUGAGUUUGACAAAAUGUCAGCAGAGUAUCAGUCCUUACUGGAAGCCAUGGAGCAGCAGUGUGUAUCUGUGGCAAAGGCUGGCCUUGUGGCGAGUUUAUCUGCCCGCACUUCUGUGCUGGCAGCUGCUAAUCCUGUUGGUGGUCAUUACGACCGAGGCAAAACAGUGAAUGAGAAUUUAAAGAUGAAUGCUGCCCUGCUCUCUCGGUUUGACCUGGUUUUCAUUUUACUUGACCAGCCAGACUUGUUUCUAGAUAAGAGAGUAUCAGACCACAUAAUGGCACUCCAUACCAAUGACAGAAGUCCUUGCUCAUCCAACAAGAGGCUAAGAACAGUGCCUCAAUUUAAUGGCAGUAUGGGGAUUGGAAUUGAUGAGAAAAAAUUAGCUUCAAGGCUGAGACUACACCCUGAGAAAGAUAGGGACUUUGUUCCGUUACCUGAACCACUUCUUCGCAAGUAUAUAUCUUACGCGAGAAGCUAUGUUACCCCCCGUGUGUCAGAACCAGCAGCGGUGGUACUGCGAAAAUAUUACUUGAAUUUGAGAGCGCAUAGUACUUGUUCUGAUGGCACACCCAUCACAGCGAGACAAUUGGAAAGCCUUGUGAGGUUAGCAGAAGCUCGCGCUCGGGUGGAUCUAAGAGAAGAAGUGACUGAACAAGAUGCGAAUGAUGUUGUUGAGAUCAUGAAUGAAUCCUUAUAUGACAAAUAUGUUGAUGAGCAUGGUUGUGUGGACUAUGCUCGGAGUGGUGGGAUGAGCCAACAAAAGGAGGCAAAAAGACUUAUGAGUGCCUUAAACAAGCAAUCUGAGUUGCAGCAAAAGGAUCAGUUUUCAAGAGCCGAGAUACGGAGCUUAGCAGAUAAAAUCAGCUUGCAAGUCCCGGAUUUAGAUGAUAUUAUGGAAAGAUUGAACAGUGCCGGUUUUAUUGUACAUAAAGGACAAAACAUAUACCAGAUAUUGACCUCAUCAUGUUCACGGACCCAGCCAACAAGGUCAAGAUGGUUUCUUCGCAACAGCUGUUUUGAAGUUGGCAGCCAGGACCAUGAGCAACGUAAACACGCAAUUGGAUCGAUGGGAGCUUGGAACUUCUCCCCAUUAAUGUGCCGCCAGCGUCUUCCACCGUUUUAUGAAAUGUACUACCCGCUGCUCCUAAAUACAGUACAAGUCUUUUUAAUGAUUUUAAUAUGAACUACAUAUGGAGCAAAAUAAGUGAAUCUACACUCUAAAAUAUGUCUAUAUACAUCUGUAUGUAAUCCUUAUUGAAAUUGAAAUCUCUAAAAAGACAUAUUUUUUUAAGGACGGAGGGAGUACUACGGAGUGUGUAAGUAGUUCCAGUGAUACUUUUCCUGCCCUAUCUGCCGCCAAUGCUUCACUUGUUCCGUGUUGGAAUGGGGCAUAUCUUUCGUUGCCCAUUAGUAUAGACGCCAAUGAGCAAUCAAACUAGUUUCCUCAUCGUAUCCUCUUGGGUUGUGCAGAGUUUGCAGUGAAAAACAUAAUCAGCUGUUAUUUGCAUAACUCUUCCAGUGUGAAUUACUACUACAAUCAGCAAAACUGCAUCCAUGUCAUUAUGGAUUUUGCACACAAAAAAACAUGAUACAGAAGCAUUGCAGAGGGCAGAUAAAACUUGCUAUCCAAAUCAUGGAAACAAAACUCAAUAGCGACAGACAGUCAACAGCAUCUCGCUAGUACAACUUCAGGUUACGUAUAUAGGAAUGAAAAUGCUAAAUGGUGGACGAGCUCCAUGGAGCUCGUUUUUUUGAAAAAAAAAACCCCGGAAAUUAUAGCUCCCAAGUUUCAAAAAAUCCUAAAAAGAUCACACGCGUUCAUACAGAUGUAAAUUUUAAAGAUGAUACUAUAAAUUAAUGGCGAGAGCUUCACUAGUUAGAGAAAAUCGUGAUUCUGAAAAUGGUGAACAUGUUUUGUGUAGCUCUUCAUCGUUAGAACGUGUAGAUUUUUCUCAGAAUAUUUUUAUUCAAAAUGUGUUUUUUGCUUCUUUUUGCUCAGGACAUUAAUAAUAUCCAAUCUAACCCAAAUAUCCAAUCCAAUUCACAGGUCGAUUGGUAUGGAUUUUUUUUCAGUACUACAGUACUGCAAAACUAUCUCAUCAUGCAAAAAAGAUUUUUUAAACAAACAUCAACAACAUAACACAGACAAUCAUAGCACAUGAGAUAAAACCCACUAGCCAGCAGAGUAACACAGCAACAAUAUAUAUCCAGAUCAUGGAAACAAUACUCUUAAUAGCAACUGUUAAGAGAAAGCAACAGCAGAGAAGGAACAAAUCUCGCUAGUACAACUUCAGGUUAUAUAGGACAUUGUAAACAUAGCAGGCAACUUUCCUCCUCAAACGACCAGAGCCUUACAGUCCAUUCCAUCCUUGCCUAACAAAAA